AUGAUGUUAGCCAACAGUCCAAUCUCCUUGCUCGGGCUUUUCUCCCUCGCCCUCCAAGCGAUUCCUCAGGUCGCGUCUGCUCCGUACCAGGUUACAUUCGACCAAUUCUUGGCCACAGUCAAGGCAGCAAGCUUCCCGCAGUGGAAGGACAGCGCCGUGGACGAUGAGCAAUCAUUCGCCCAGAUAAAGGCCCACAUCCUCGACAUGUACAGCGGCGUUGGGAAUGUCGCUCAUUCUUUCUUGCAUGACGGCCGCUAUGCCGACUGCAUUGACAUCAAUAGGCAGCCGUCCCUUGCAGAUCGUCUGCUCGCAACCGCGCCAGAGGCUCCGCCGAGUCCACCUCCCGUCUCCUCAUCAGGAGGACCCAAGGGGUCAGGAACCCCAGCCGUAUCCCCUCUGACGCAGAACCUGAAAGAUCCGUUCGGGAACGAUAUAUCUUGUCCCGACGGAACCAUUCCAUUCGCUCGCCUGACACUCGAGCGGAUAACCACCUACCCCACGCUCACCGCUUUCUUCGCCAAGUCCACAAACGGAGCUGGGCAAGCUCUGAGUGCCCGAGGGGUGGAGGAACUUGAGAGCCGCGGCCCCUCAGCACAGGAGCCUCACCUUUACGCCUAUAGUUAUCAACCAGUCACCAAUUACGGUGGUCACUCGUGGUUGAACCUGUGGAGUCCUGUCGGAGAUUUCAGCAUCUCCCAGCAGUGGUACGUAGGCGGGUCCGGCGCUAGCACUCAAACGGUCGAAGGGGGGUGGAUUGUCUACCCGCAGAAAUUCAGUGCACAGGCGGUGCUCUUCAUCUUCUAUACACCCGACGAUUACUCUACGGGUUGUUACAACCUGGAGUGCAAGGGCUUCGUGCAGAUCAACAACAACUGGCAACUCGGAGGGACUUUCGGCCAGUACAGCGUUACGGGUGGUGUACAGAAAGGCGUCGACCUGCAGUGGUAUUUUUAUCAGGGCAAUUGGUGGUUGUAUCUUAGGGGCGCGGGCGCAUAUGACGCAGUUGGGUAUUACCCCGGAUCAAUUUACAAUGGAGGACAGCUUACGAAGAGUGCGCAACUCAUCGAGUAUGGCGGCGAAGUUUUGAGGUUCACUACGGCAGUGGCCUGGCCGCAGAUGGGCAGCGGAAUGUUCCCGGACAAAGGUUUUGAACAGGCUGCUUACCAGAACGCGAUCUUUUACAGCCCGCCCGAUGUGAAUGGUAGCGCUAGUCCCACGGUUUGGUCAGACUUGACAAAGGCCGUUAUAGGCAGCCGCAGUUGCUGGGAUAUCAAUAUCACAGAGUCAGCUCAGGGAGGCGAUUGGGGUACUUUCUUCUUCUUCGGUGGGCCAGGUGGCGACACGUGCCAGUGA